AUGGCCCGCGGCGCUGAACCCUCCUCGCUCAGGGACGACGGGGACAACAACAACUCACACGCCCAGGAAUACUCAUCAAAGGCCAGCAAGCGUCGUCGCUGUGUCCAGUCGGCAUGUGUUCCAUGCCGCAAACGCAAAUCAAAGGCAAGUCGCUGUUCGUUCAAUCCAUGGCGCCAAAAUACCAAUGCAAAAAUGUGCGACGGCAGCACACCGGUUUGCGCAACGUGCACUGCCGUCUACAAGACCGAGUGUCACUACGAUGCGGAGAGUGAGAGUCGCCGCUCCAAGUCGGGCUCCUCAUCUACACCCACCACAGGCAUAAAGCGCGAUGCAUCAUCCGUCAUCGACGCCUCGAGCCCCGAACAUGCUUCCAAUGCCGUCUUCAUCAUCGACUCCCUCCGCCAGCUCCCCGAAGAGCACGUACAAGAGCUCAUUCAGCACCUCCGAAAGGACCCCAAGCUGGACAUUGCUACCCUCGCAGAAUCAUGGCGCUCCACCGUCACGCUACCCCCGAGCGCGCCUGUCCAAGUACACAGCCUCGAGUCGGACCUCAGUGUGCUGCUUGGGAACCCAGCCAUCACCCUUACCGGCGAGAGCAGACACUUUGGGCACUCUGCCAGCCUAGGUCUGGUCCCUGAACAAGAGAACUUUGCUGGUGGCCGCAUGCGCAACAACACUGCGAUGCCAGAGCGCCAGGGAUCGACAUGGACCGCAGUGACAAAUGACCUUGCUUUCGUCGACAAGCUACUCACCCUCUACUUCACAUGGAGCCACCCGUUUUACGUCCUCUUCAGCCGCGAGUGCUUCUACAAAGACUUUAGAGCCGGGCGCGAAAAGUACUGCUCACCACUGCUUGUCAACGCCGUUUGUGCCUAUGCCUGCCAUUUGACCGACGAUGCUGCAGGCCGAACCGAUCCCACCAACUUCCGCACCGCCGGCGAUCACUACUUCGCAGAAGCCAAGAGACUACUCUUCGAGGACGAGACUCCGAGUCUUACAACAGCACAGGCUCUUUGCGUCAUGUCGUUGCGCGAACCCAGUAGCGGACGGGACAGUUCGGGCUUCAGCUACAUUGGAAGGUGCAUUCGCAUGUGCGUUGAGCUUGGCCUUCACCUGAAUAAUAGUGCCAGUCCUGUGCUGGGCCUAACACCGAGUGAAAUCGAGGUCAGGAAGGUUACUUUUUGGGGCUGCUUCACAGUAGACACAGUCUGGUCCAUCUGCACAGGCCGCAUAGCCCAACUCCCACGAGCUGCUAUUACCCUCGAUAAACCCAUCUUGGAAGAAUCGUCUAGCCUCCUCGAAGCCUUUCCCGGCGCUUCAAGCGUCCCGCCCGGCAUCGUGACUACACGAAUGUUCUUGCAGGAGUUCACGUCGCUUUCCGAGCUUGUAAACGACAACAACUACAUGUUCUUUGCGCCAAGGGAACGGCUCACAAGCACUAGAUUGCUUGAUUGUUAUAGCAAAUAUCAGGCUUGGUACAGAAGGCUACCGGUUGCGUUGGGUGUAGAGGGCAAAGAACAGCCUGAGCCACACAUUUUGGUGCUACACAUGUUGUACUAUACCAUCAUCGUGCAUCUUUUCCGCCCGAUGCUCAAGGUGGAGCUUAUUCACUCGGAUGUCCACCCCCGCGAUAUCUGCAUCGAUGCAGCCAACAAUGUCUCAAGAUUAGUUCGGAUAUACCGAUCCUUUUACGAUUUCCGUGUGGCACACCUGCUCAUACCACAUAUCCUGUUAUCUGUCUGCAUAGUGCACUUGCUCUAUUCAAAAGACAACAACACUUCGCGUCAGAAUCUUGUUGAGGGCCUCAAAGGCCUCGAGGAUUUACACGAGUGCCACUAUCUUGGAGCGAGGAGUUUCCGCAUCAUACAUACGUUGGCGAGAAAGUGGAAACUGGCUUGGCCAGACGAGUUAAGGAACUCGAAAUUGGUGCCACAGGAGAAGCCACAAGGGGCAAUUAGUCCUCCUACUGACCCUCUGCUGGUGGCGCCUAACACGGUGACAACUACUAUGGGACUAACUGUGACCUAUCCGCCCAUUAGUCAAGCAAACAGAAGGGAGAGUUUGUCCAUGUUCGCACCACGUAUGCAAAUGGCAACACAUCCCGUAACAUCAAGAUCGAGCAGCGUCGUCUCAAGCCAACACCACCCGUCGCCUGUUGUCGGCCACGCUCCAACGCAUGCUACCUACAAUGCUAGUAUCACUCUCGCCUCCUACCAGUACUCGCAGUCACUGUCUUCAGUCCCGUCAACCGUCCCCACAACAGGCGUUUCGCCAAAAUCAGAAACAACAGAAGCGCUCUUCUGGACUCCUAUGCCGGGUAUUCCAGGACCAAUCCUCCCGCGUAAUAACUUCUUACAGGCCAGCCCCAUGGGUCUCGAAAGCGUACUGCAAUCCGCAGACAUGGGCGAUCGGCUUGGACGCGACGGCUUCAAAAUCAACGAGGACUGGCGGUCUAGUCACGUCAAUGGAUUCAACACGGGUACUGCCGGCAGUGUGUAUGGUGCUACUCGAAAUGACCCCGCAGCUGGCAACUAUGCACAUGAUAGAGGCAGCAUGAGUUAUGCUCAGCCUGGAGAUAGCGUGGCGUAUCAGCAACCGGGGAUGAAUGAGCAUCACGGACAAGGGCAAUAUAAUCCAGGGUGGUGGCCGAAUGCCAACGACAAUCCUGGCCCGAUAUCUUGA